UUGACGCAGGCGCAGAAGCUCAUUUAACCUGCAGCAGCAUCUGAAGCGACUGCAACAAAAGAACGGACAGAAGAAGACCUCAAGAAACCACAGAAACCUUUUAUUUUCUCACCGGAAACAACAAAAAGACUGAAAACAUGAUUGAGAAAUCCAACAGCCAAUACGACUCCUUCCUCUUCUGGAGGCAGCCAAUCCCGGCCCCCGAUCUGUCGGAGCUGGAGGACCUUGGCGGGACCGACGCUCAGCCGGCCAAUAGCAUCAAAGGAAAAGACAAGCGGAGCCAGAAAGAGGCGGAUGAGAUGACCCAGUUCUCCUCCUUUAAUUACUGGCGAGCUCCGAUCGCCGACGUGGAUGCUCUGCUCGCCGACCUCAACCUGCUGCUCUGAAACGCACCUCUCCGUCUGCCUUGACCUCUGACCCCUGACCCCCCCCCCCCCAGACCUUCCUAACACAGUCGGCUCUGUUGGAAACCUGCCCCCCUUCUCACUAUUCCCCACACCGCGUAUAUUAAAUAGUGUGUAUGGGUUCUCGAAUGCAUCACUCAAAGGUCCUCACCUGAAUUAUUUCUUUACGCUCAGGGCUCCGAAACAAUUGCCCCCCCCCCUCCCCCCACCCCACACACUAUAUUGAGAAGAAGUAGAUCUCUCCGCCCCAUACCUGCCAACAUUUAAUUUCAAAAAAAUCAACGCGACACACCUUACAAACAGCGUGGAGGUUGUUGAAACGACUAUAGGUAAGAUGCAUGUAGAUGGUUACACUGUUGAAAUGUACAGCUAUAUUUCGAUUUCUUCGCGGGAACACCGUCUUCACCGGCCAUUUUUAUCGGCUCGCUUUCGGGUCUGAACUUUCCGUGAAGCUUGCGCAGAGAUCAACGUCGCAACUGGGUUAUGGGUUGCCAGGUUGAGGGUUACAGGUUGCCAGGUUGAGGUGACUAACAGGUUGAACAUUGUAUGUGAUGGGUGGAUUGUGUGAAUAGGAUGUGUUUCAUACCAGAUCUGGCAACUGGUCAACAUUAGACAAACAUAUUGGUCCGAUUAUUUAUGAAGGAGUUUGGGCCCUGCUGCAAAUUACGGGAGUUUCCCGGGAGAAAUAAUAAACCGGGAGGGGUCCGGGAGAGUUUUGGCAGCUAUGGUCCGCCCAAAUAAAAUAUGAAAAUCAACCCACUCCCCAAAAACA